CAGAAGUGGUAUUUGUGUCGAUACAAGCUAUGCGCCGGCGGUUUUUGCUCGUUUAAGACUAUCAGGUCUCAACAUAUGGGCCGUCAUAUAAACUGUUCGCACUUCCGGAACCGCCAGUUCCCGUGCCGGUGGCCCGGGUGCACCAAAGUCUACCUGAGCCCAGCACCGCUCAGGCAGCAUGAGCUCAACCACCAGUGCGGGUUUGGUAUACUGAACGGCAAGGUUAUGGAGGGAGUGUGUGGCAACAAAAGCAUCUGUAAACAUAGGGAACGGGUUAUCAUUGAUGGUGUCAAGUGGUACCGGUGCUCGAUAUGCCGCCAACAGAUUAAGAGUUGGUCGGCAACUAAACGACACAUACACGACCAGCACCUGUGCCCAGUCCGGAAUAAACUGAUUCCGGUGGACAGUCAGGAGAUACCUGCGCUCGAUGCGGCUACAGGUGCUGAGACUGGAAGUGGCGAUCAAUCAGAGCCAGAGUUAGAGAUAGUCGAUGAAGUGGUGGGCCGACGAAGGGGCGCCUCUCAAGAGUUCCAUGAGUUGAUCAGUGAAAGAGGCGUUCAGUUGAGUUACUCUGAGCACCAGUUCCUUAAGUGUCGUAAAGAGUUGGAGAAUUUGGUGCGAAUUAUGCCUGAGUUCGAGCGCCGGGUGGGUCACCCCAAUGGCCGCCCCUACCUGUGCCGCCACUGCGGUUGGGAAGGCAAGACAUUUGCGGCCAUAUCGUGUCACCUGAGGAUGGAUGAACCAGCGAAGAGACAGCGAGGGGUUCGGGACUACGAGCUGGAGCUGCCGGCCUCGCGCUCGACCAUCGAUCGCAAACACGGCUCGUCUAAUGAGUCGUCGGCGCCGGUCGUCCCCAACCCUAACCCCAACCCACAGCCCAAGUCUAAGUACGUACCGAUUGAGGGUACCCCGGGUUGCCGGCGCUGCGUGAGUAACAACUAUUUAACUCAUUAUUAUGAGCGCAACUGUACGGCCAGGGAUGUGGAGAAUACCAUUGAAUCAAUAGCUAGUAUACGAUAUAUGGGACGACAAUUCGAGGCACAGGAACAGGCGAUCCAAUCCCAGCCCAUUGAGGGACAGCUCAGCAAAUACACGAAUGUCGUGAAGGGCUGGCAGUACCGGUGGUUUGUCCUCAACCCCAACAGAGGUACUCUCGAGUACCACAUGUUGGACGAGAAAAAGAAGUCACAGCCGAGAGGGUGUGUCUAUUUGGCCGGUAGUGUCAUCAGCCCGUCCGAGGAGGACUCGCAGACAUUCGUCGUGUCGGCCGCCUGUGGGGAGGCCUACAAACUGAAGGCCGCGGACGCGAAGGAGCGCCAGUAUUGGGUCAAUAAGUUGAGACAAGUGGCGCUCAACCAGGAGAACCGGAUCGCCGCACAGCACCCGCCCCUACACACGGCUACCACGACCGGCACGGGAACUAUCGGUGCGGCGACGCCCGGCUCCCGACCCGCAUCGCUCUCGCAGAGUAGUAACGCCUCCCUGGAGGCGGUGCGCGACCUACUCGUGCAAACCCAGCGUAAUCAGAGAGCGCUAGUGAUGGCCAUCGAGUCGCUCACCUGUUCUGAUGAGGAACUCCUACUCAUGAAAGCGACGAGUCAUUCGACGGUCAUGUCGUUGGAACAGUGUUUCGCUAUAUUGCAGUCCAUUCAGAGCUCGAAGAUGGUGUGACCUCCCGUUCCUCAUUAGUAGUGACCUAACAUUGUGUAUGUGUUUAGUGAGGAAAUGGAUGUUUUUCUAAUGUAUUAGCGAUCUGUUCAUCGAUUUAUUGGAUUUCGUGUUUCAAUUGAUUUUGAAGUUUUUAAAUGUAUUAUAAUCUCGAGUACAGUAUACACUUGAUUACAUGAACUUUAAAAAUAGAGACAUUGUGUGUACAUAAUAGCGAUAACUACCGGUGCUCUCAAUACUCGGUCCAAAGUUAUCGACAAAUGAUUUGUAAAAAGGAAACGAAAAUAUUUUUUACUUAAAUAUUAAUUUACAUUAAAUUUAGAGUCUAUUUAAAACAU